AUAAACAGCGCUAGUCCCGCCUGUCACCGCCCCUGGGAGAGGGACUGCGAGUUUAAUGUUCCCCUUGCACGCCGUCGAUAUCAGGGGACUCAUUUUACUUUAGCCCUCACCACUUUUUAUUUUUGUGUUUUAUCUUCCCGAGACUUUUUGGAAGAAAAUUGGACUACAACAGUUUUUUUUUUUUAAUCCCCGCCUCUCCUGGGCAACAUUCAAGUGACAAGCCAUGCUACUACCCUCAUCACUACUCCUCCUCCUCGCCCUCCUCACCUGGAGCCCCAGUGCCUCAUGGGCUGCUAAAGUGAUUGUGGUCCCGCCCAUCAUGUUUGAAUCCCACCUCUACAUCUUCAAAACGUUGGCCACAGCCCUGCACCAGGAGGGCCAUGAAACCCAUUUUCUAAUAUCAGAGGGCCGUGAGGUGCCCCCCUCUUCUCACUAUCAUUUUCAGCGGUAUGCUGGGAUCUUUAACAGCACCACAGCUGACAAUUUCCUCCAGUCUAAAGUGUCUAACAUCUUCUCAGGCCGCCUGACAUUUCUAGAACUGUUUGACAUUCUUGACCAUUACUCUCAGAAUUGUGAUGCUGUGGUCGGUAACACCGAGGUAAUGACUCGCCUCAAGGAAGCCAAGUUUGACCUGCUGCUGGUGGACCCCAAUGAGAUGUGCGGUUUUGUGAUUGCUCAUAUCCUGGGUGUAAAGUAUGCAGUGUUCAGCACAGGCCUAUGGUAUCCUGCUGAGGCGGGUGCUCCGGCCCCACUUUCAUACGUUCCCGAAUUCAACUCAUUGCUGACAGACCGCAUGACUCUACUCCAGAGGAUCAGCAACACGGCAGUUUACCUGGUGCAGCGCUUUGGAGUCCAUUAUAUAGCUCUACCCAAGUAUGACAGGAUUAUGAAGAAGUAUGGCGUGAAGCCUCAGGUGGCCAUGGCGGACCUCGUGCAGGGCAGCAGGCUUUGGAUGCUGUGCACUGACAUGGCUCUGGAGUUCCCCAGGCCCACCCUUCCUCAUGUGGUGUACAUAGGAGGCAUCCUUACCAAGCCCCCCAACCCACUGCCACAGGACUUUGAGGCCUGGGUGAAUGACACAGCGGAGCAUGGCUUUGUGGUUGUGUCGUUUGGUGCUGGGGUCAAGUACCUUUCCCAUGACAUCGCUCACAAACUGGCCGGAGCCCUCGCCAGGCUGCCCCAGCGUGUAGUCUGGAGAUUCUCUGGAGUUCCACCCAGUAACCUUGGCAACAACACCAAGCUUGUGGAUUGGAUGCCUCAGAAUGACUUAUUAGGCCACGCCAACACCAAAGCCUUCCUGAGUCACGGCGGUCUGAACAGCAUCUACGAGGCCAUGUACCACGGCGUGCCGGUUGUCGGUGUGCCUUUAUUCGGUGAUCACUAUGACACCAUGACUCGCGUGUCAGCCAAAGGUAUGGGUAUCAUGCUACACUGGAAGUACAUGAGCGAAGAAGACCUGUACACCGCCCUGACCAGCGUCAUCAAAGACAACAGGUAUCGCCAGCAAGCCCGCGUCCUCUCCAACAUCCACAAAGACCAGCCGGGCCACCCUGUCACCAGAGCCGUCUACUGGAUAUGCUACAUCCUCCGUCACCACGGUGCCAACCACCUGCGCUCCGCCGUAUACGAGGUGUCCCCCUACCAGUACUUCCUGGUGGAUGUGGUUCUCGCCGUAGGGUCCGCCCUGGCUCUGACAUCUUGCCUUGCGAUGGUUGGUGGGACUGUGCAGGGGGAACGUCAAGGACCAGGGCAGAGGAGUUGCCGUCGUCAGGGAUGAGAGCAACAUGGCUAAUGGACAUUGUCAUAGCGAGAGCAUUGCUAACGGGAAACACAAACGCAAUGGCUCUUUGAAAAACGAGAAG